AUGUCGAAUACCGAGGCAACACAGAUCAGCACACAUGGCAGGAACAGGGAUGACAUGAGGCGUGAUGCCAAGAGCUUGUUGAACCGGCUUAGGUCUAUUCAGGCAGAUGCGGCUUUUGUCAGCGAGAUCUCGGACCUCUUCCCCCAGUUCCCUGUCAUCGCAAACGAGCGGUGCGGGACGUGGUAUGUCCACCCCUCCAAGAUCCAUAAGCCAGGGGUGUACUUCAAGUCGACAGACGGGCAUACAGGAAUUUGGGACUUCAACCUGCGACGAUACAACCCACACUUGAUCACGACCAUCAUCAAGCACGGAGGAUGCAUUAUUGUGGAUUCGACAAGGAAGGGCAAACGAGUCCCGGACGCACUGUCAAAGACAAUCCCGAUCUGGUGUGGGACCAUCAAUAAUGCCGUUCGGAAAUGUGCGCUCCAGAAUCAGGCUGCCCAUGAGAACAGUGGCGAAGCAGUAGCAGGUGGACACAUUUUGGAGAAGGAGCAGGAUGGGUUAUCAACAUGGAAAACCGCAGCAGAAGAGAUAACUACAACUAAGGAUGAGUCAGGGGCAGAAGCAUCAGAAGCGGCGGCGUUGUUGAUUCCGGCGUUGAAUGGCGACAGUUGGGAUACGCGGUAUCAUUCCCUCCCUAGUUUGAUCUCAAGAUCUGAGCAUGUCCAGAUUGCGGACAAAAUUGAGGGCUUUGCCGAGAAACUCAUGAGGUUCACGGAUAUGACACCAUUGACGACAAAGCUCCUAAAGCCCAUCCGCCCCAUCUGGCUGACACCACAAAGCUUCCUCCUCCGACACGACUUGCCAGACUACAGUCAAUGCUCGUUCCUCCCAGUGAUCUGUCUAAGCGCAUCACGUGUUGUUCAGGACGGGAUGGAGGAACGGGAUGGGUACCUUUAUGUCCAGGGAUCGGGCGAUGAUGAAGAGAUGUGGUCGAAGGGGUUGAAACCUGAACUGUUCUGGGAGAAUGAGGAUUAUCUGCUGGAGGAAGGGAUCUCGUCGGCGGAGUGUGAGCUACGCGCGGGGGAGGUUGUGAAGGAGGCAAAGCAGAAGUUGAUGGAAAAAGCUAGGCAUCGCCAGGAACAGUUGCAGGAGCGGAAAAUAUCUACGAGAAACGAGGACUAUGGACAUGGUGUGGUAGAAGGAGGGAGGGUUCAUUUCACGCCGUCGAUGGAGUUGUGUUCAGAGAUCAAGCCGAGUUCAAUUUGGAUCGGGAAUAAUGCCAGCGGGCGGAUACCGGAUUGUUGGGAUGCGGGAUUCGAUAUGGUCAUCAACUGUGGCGCAGAGAUUAAACGACACCCUCUGUGCGAGUUCAGUAAUAACGGUGGAGAAAUGGAAGCAAGGAGAUAUAUUACGGUUCUUGGAGGUGCUGGUCAAGGUGGAGCUCAGGCGACACUUUGUGUGCUCCAGAAGCAUCAAUGGAGUGCUAUCGAGUCGUCAGCGGUAACAGCGGCAGAGCAACGAGACAACCCCCCAGCGCGCAAGGAGGGCGAGAAGGACUUUUAUUACCUACACCUCCCAAUCGCCGAAGGAAAGAAGGGCCAGCAUCAGUUGUUGGAGAUGAUACCUAUGGCGAUCAAGGCCGUCCACCUCAUGUUCACUACAAACAACAAGGAUACCAAAGCCGGUCAGGAAAUAAGGAAACCGAGGAUAUUGGUGCAUUGCCAGCAGGGCAUGGAUCGAUCUGUCGGGAUCUCGUUGGCGCUGCUUGUGUCGUGUUUUGACGAGACGACAGGUGCGUAUUCCAGUAGUGGUGAUGACGACUUUGCGAAGGCGAGGGCAAGUAAGGAACUGAUCCAGAGGCGGUUGUUCCAGGUCAUGUCGCAUCGUCUGGCUGCGCGGCCGUCAAGGGCCACCCUCAAGAUGGUCAAUACUUUCUUCAUGAGUCCCACCGAUCCUCCACCUGCCAAGUACAAAUCAUAA